GCCUUGCAUUGCAACUUCUCAGUAUAAUCAACGUUCUCUGUAGCGCUCCGAAAGCUUUCCAUCUUUUCUAAUAUGCAACAGUCAUUCAAUGUUUUUCCGCAUUUCGAGCGCUAAUUUUAAGAGAUCAACAAUACUAUUUUGUGUUCGCUUUUGUGAGCUUAAAUGGGUGAAAUUACAAAUCCAAACGAAAACUUAUGCGUUCCCAAGUGGAUAAGUGCAGACUAUUUUGUAAAAGUGUUGGAGAAAGAUGGAGAGGACUAUGCAGAGAUCUCUAAGUUUACAGCGGUUGCAGCCACACCCCCAGGUGAGAACUUCACUUCCGUUAUGUUGCGCAUACACCUGGAUUUAGUUUUGAAAGAUGGCUCGAGAAAGCACAAAACGUACGUAAUGAAAACAAUGCUGGAUGACGAUUGCGGUGGCCGCGAAAUUAACAAUUUGGAAAUGUUUCCCAAAGAAUUGGAAAUGUACGCCAAGUUCUUACCCGCUUUCGAGAAACUGUACAAGGAUGUUGGCAAGCCAGUGAAACUCGCUCCUCGUUGCUUACUCGCGGAAGCCAGAGAUAAUCGGAUUAACUUCGUAUUCGAGGACUUGAUCCCCAAGGGUUUCGUAAACGCUGAUCGCAAAAAGGGCUUGAAUAUGGAUGGAAUGCGUCGUACGUUACAAAAGCUGGCGGAGUUUCAUGCUGCAUCAGCGGUAUAUUUCGAAAAGAAUGGACCCUACCCCGAAAACUUCAAAUUCAGCAUCGUUAAAGAAAAUGGUUACGAAUCGUUCAAGCAAAUUUUCGACGCAAAAGUUCUUCAAUUCAAAGAAGCGAUGGCAACGUGGGGCUUGAAAGAUGCUGACAAGUAUUUGGAAAAGUUUCCUACCGUUGAUCAGUAUUGGAAGUCUGUAACGCGUGGGUUCGCUACCGCAGAAAACUCGUUCAACGUGCUGAAUCACGCCGACUGCUGGAGCAGUAAUGUGAUGUACUCGUAUCGAGAAAAUGGCACAGUUGACGAUACACUUCUGAUCGAUUACCAAAUUUGUAAAUGGGGUAGUCCUGCUGAGGAUUUGCUAUUUCUGAUAACGAUUUCGGCGGCGAAAGAUAUUCGCAUAAGGGAAUACGAGCAUUUUGUGGCCAUUUACCAUGAACAUCUUACGGAAUGCCUCCAAUUGUUGGGUUACAAAAAGGAUCUGCCGAAAUUGCGAGACUUGCAAAUGGAUAUGUACCGCGAGAAUAACAGUUUCUAUGCAUUUUUUGCAGUAUUCAAUCUCUUGGCAGUCGUAUUAUUCCCCACCGAUAAAGACAGUAACAUUAACUCGCUUCUGAGUCCGAGUGAGGAGGCCCAGCGUUUUAGGCUGAAACUUUACACGAGUCCGGCAUUCAAGGAGGCUAUGUUGGACAUCCUGCCAUUUUAUUACAAUCGUGGAGUAUUCAAUUUCUGUGAUUACGAUGAUGAGUCAAAUAUGGCUUCGUAGGCAUUUUUUUGAAUCAAAUGAUUGGCGCAGAGUAUUUAUAUGGAAAAUAAGAGGUACGAGGGCGGGUCAAUAAGUCCGUGAUUUUUUUUAUUUCUGACCUCUUUACUGAAAAAGAAAUACUGCUCCUGUUAACAGGCGUCUGUCAGUUGACUCCUGUCAAAAUUUGAACGUGCUGCGUCAGUUGGUUUGUGUUUUACAGCUACUUUUAUCAGGCUACCCAGUAAUUUGAGGAGAAAAUGAAAAAAACUGAAUUUCGUGCCGAUUAUUAAGCCAAUUCACCCUUAGAAACCCACUGUUUCGACUGUUGUUUGGUCUCUGGUGUGUGGUGAUGGAUCCAUGUUUCGUCCACGGUUACAAAACGGCGCAAAAACUCCUCCAUAUUGCGACUAAACAACGCCAAACCUUCCUGUGAAGUUGUUACAUGAUUGCGCUUGUGGUCGACUGUGAAUUACUGGGUAGUCUGAUAAAGGUAGCUGUAAAACACAAACUAACUGACACAACACGUUCAAAUUUUGACAGGAGUCAACUGACAGACGCCUGUUGACAGGAGCAGUAUUUCUUUUUCAGUAAAGAGGUCAGAAAUACAAAAAGUCUCGGACUUAUGGACCCGCCCUCGUAAUUCUUGAAACACAAAUAAUUUCUAUAAAUAAGAUUAGAUAAAUUUUGUAUUAUGCUAAGUCCUAUACGUUUAUCCUAAUGCAAAAUUAAUGUGUUUAAAUUAUGAAUUAUUUUGUUAUCGAAAUACUUUUAAAAAGUAUUAUUAUAAUUUUUUUUUGACUGGACGCUACUACUACUGAAGAUAUCACUCCGCAAAAUUAAAUUUUCUUCUUCUAAUAUUUUUUAAAAGUUAUUAUUAAUGCGAAAUCUUUAUACACCCAAGACUGUUCGUACACGAUUUUGAAAUACAGGAUGACAAAAAAUAA